GCUGCGACGGACGCGUUACGGCAGAUGUUCGCGACAGUGGGAGCGCGUUCGCGGCAGCAUCAUGGCGGCGUGCGGUGUGAGUUUCGAGAGCGCAAACAGCAUCAAAUCUCGAAAAGAGGCCAAAAGGGAAGAGAGAGAGGUCGUUUUACAACAGGCUAAGGAGAAGUACGAGAAAGAGGAGAGGAGGAAGGCCGAGAGAAAGGCCAGGGGCGAGGACACGUGGAUGCUUCCGGAUGUUGACCUGCGUCUGCAGCAGAUAGGCCAGGAGCAUGCGGUGAAAAACAAGAAAAAGAAAAAAGAGAAGAAAGCAAAAAAGAGCAAGAAAGAGAAGAAGAAGAAAGCUAAGAAAGAGACAAAAGACGAUGACGACGCGUCUUGUGACAGCUCUGAAGACUCGGGGGACGAGUGGGUGGAGGCUCCGGCUCUGUCAGGGGGCGGCGGCCAGGCGUGGAAGGCGGAGCAUGAGGCCACGCCCACCAGCAGCUUAGCCAGUGCUAACCAAAGAGACGAGUGGAUGACUUUUGACUUCCUGGCGAUGAAAACGACCUCGCUGGCCGAGAGACGAGCGCGAAAAGAAGCGGAGAAGGAGGCGGAAAGGCAGAAAGCAGAGGCUGUCGAACAGGCUGGUCUUCACAGGUUAGAGUUGAAUCCUUACUGGAAGGAUGGAGGAAGUGGUCUGCCCUCGGAGGACAACUCCGGCACCGCAGUUAAAAAAGCUGGAGUGGUGAAUGAUGGAGGGGUGAGCUGGCUCAGGAAGUCAUAUCAGAGGAUGAAAGAGCAGGCCGACAGAGAGCAGCGCAGUCUGGAGAGCGUGGUGGCGGAGAGAUACGGGUCGAUGGAGGAUUUCCAGAAGAGACUGCGAGAGGCAGAAGAGGCAGCGUAUGGAGAGAGGGGCGAGAGGAGAGAAGACCGAGAGAGAUGGAGGAGAGACGACAGAGAGGAAGGGAGGGAGCGAUGGAGGAGGAGAGACCGGGAGGAGACACGGAGAGACAGAUCUCCCCGCUCCGAGAGAGAAAGAGACUUUGAGAGAGGACCCCGAGGCCGAGACGAACGCCAUCCCAGAUCCCGAGCGGAUCCAGACGAGGAACAACAUUCUCAGAGACGCAACGCUUCCUCUCUGUCCAGCCUCAAAUUCCUCAAACCUGACGCCGAUGAGGACGUGAGCGGAGGGGCGGGGUUCAGGAAGGCGGGGCCGAAAGGCACUAUGUCCAAUCAGGGUGCAGGAUUCAGGAAACCUGUGGAUGACGACGGUGAUGGUGCUGCGCCCGCAUGGAGGAAGAGGAGUGCCACACGGGAUCCAGAGGAGACGGCGAUCCCACCGAAACACACAGAGAAGAGCGCCGCCCCGCUGGAGGAGAGCAAAACUACAACCACAUCAACAACAGUGAGCAGUUCAGAGAGUGAAGAGGAGGAGGAGGAAGAGGUGAUCCUGACAGAUGAAGAGAUGAAUAAACUGGGAGCCAAACUCGUUAAGGCAGAACUCAUGGGAAACACGGCGCUGGCGGAAAAACUGAAGGCUCAGAUGGAAGCGGCCCGUCGAGCCAAAGAGAGCCGAGCGCAAAGAAACGCCCAGAACAAACCCGUUUCAACACCGCCGGACUCCGAGAAGGACGUGGUGCUGUUCAGGACCGACCCGUCGGGACGAGCCUGGCCGGUCAAAGCCCCGUCUCAACCGCAGGAGCCUCGAGGAGGACGGAGGAAGCAGAAAGCGAUCGAGACGCACCAGGAUGGCGAACGCGUGCGCUAUUUUGAGGAUGAUGAUGGUAUGGAUCUGAAAGAGAUGGUCAGACGGGAGAAGAUGAGCUCUGCUGAAGAUCAGAAUGCUCUUUACUCACGCAUGGCAGCUAAGAUGAUGGGGAGGACAGACGGAGAUAACUACACUCUGGAUGACAUGUUUGUGUCUAGCGCGGCUCAAAGAGAAAGAUCGGGUCGAGACGAAGAGCGGCAGAGGAACAAAGCAGUGCAGGAGACGCGGCGGUUAGCCGGACGGAUGGACAAAUGUAGACACUGCUUCGACAGCCCUGAGCUGCCUAAACAUCUGAUCGCCGCUGUCGGAAACAAGGUGUACUUGUGUCUGCCGAACAGCGUGUCUCUGACCGAAGGUCACUGUUUGAUCGUCCCUAUCCAGCAUCACACAGCUGCCACGGGUCUGGAUGAGGACAUUUGGAGUGAAAUACAGAUGUUCAGACAGGCUCUGGUGCGUAUGUUUGAGUCUCAGGAGUUGGACUGUGUGUUUUUGGAGACUCACAUGAACCCGAAGAGGCACCUGCACAUGGUCUACGAGUGUGUGCCGCUGCCCAGAGAGCUCGGCGACAUGGCACCCAUUUACUUUAAGAAAGCCAUAAUGGAAUCAGAUGAGGAAUGGGCCAUGAACAAGAAGGUUGUGGAUCUCUCAUCCAGAAGCAUCAGACAAGCUGUUCCUCGCGGGUUGCCGUACUUCUCUGUGGAUUUCGGAUUGCAGGGCGGAUUUGCGCACGUCAUCGAGAACGAGCAGAAGUUCCCACACUAUUUCGGCAAAGAAAUCCUGGGCGGGAUGCUGGACCUAGAACCGAGGCGCUGGCGGAAACCGAUCCGUGAGAAUUUCGACGACCAGCGCAAGAAGGUUCUGAAGUUCGCUCAGUGGUGGAAAGCGUUCGACUGCACUAAAAACGACGGCUAGACGCUGAGACGGUGUGCUUUCUCAACUCCACACUUGUCUUUUAAGAGGGCUUAGCAAGUGUACGUGGCUCCAGUAUCUAAAAUAAAAAGUAAGCAUUUAAACCAGGCAUGUUUUAUCCGGUCUGAAGAUUUUUAUGGGACCCUCUCGUGUUUCAAAUCUAGGUAAAUGUUUUGUUUUUUAAUUAAAUAUCAAAUAUUAGUUUUUAUCUGAAAUAUGUUACCUGAUCUUGUCUGGUGUUGAUGUAAAUCGUGUUUUCCUGAGCAAUUAAACUCAUAAUAAAAUAUUAGAAGCCCGCUCAGCUGAUUAUGUG